AUGUCCGUCGACGUGUUUGUCACCGCCACCGUGCCCGAGGUCCGCGCCAUGGCCGCAGACAUGGACGCCCGCAUCGACGCAAAGUCCGACGAGCUCAAGCUCCUGGUCUCGGACCGAUACAUGGAUCUGCUCUCGGCUGCAGACUCGGUCGUUGCCAUGCGCGACCUCUCGGCUGACGUCGUCUCGCUUACUGCUGCUGCUGCCGCCGCCACAGAGUCGCUUGUCGCCUCGUCUGCCUCCGAGUCGCAGGCGGCCUCGGCCCCCUCGCGCGCUCGCCGCAGUGCGCACAGUGGAGGCACGAACGAGAUUGUCCUUGACGUUGCGCUGCUGGCCUCCAUUCUUCUCUCCACGCCCGAGCUCAUCUGGGGCGCGCUCGAGGUCCACGACUUUGCCGGCGCCGCCCGCUGCUACGUCCUCGCUGAGAACAUCCAUCGCUAUCUGCGCAGCUCGGACGAGCUCGCGCCGGUCCUGGCCAAGUUCCCGGUUGUCGCCUCGCAAUGGGACUCAAUUACGGCCUUUCCACGGCUCAUUGCCAAGGCUGCCCACGAGGCGCUUGCCGAUCUCCCGCUUGGCGCCCUCCUCGACCCGCCGCAUGACGCCCAGCUCUGGACCGACGAGGCCGUCUCAGCGCUCGCCGCCCACUGCGUCCUCACCGGCGCCUCGCUCCACGGCGCCCUGGAACACCUCCUAGCCGUGCGCCUUGCCGCUGCAGAGGCCCACCUACAGGCGCUCGCCGAACGUGCAGACGCGCUUCCGGCUGGCGACGUCCUGCCCGAGGCCGACGUCACCGCCGCCCUCGCCAACUUUGUCCUUGUGCUCGACGACGGCCUUCGGCUCGUCCAUGCCGUCUUUGCUGCUGUCUCUCCGCCUCUCGCCCAGACGCUGGCCACCUUUGAGGACGGUCUCGCGCCUGCCGCCUUUGAGGCCCUGGCCCAGCCUCUGCUUGCUGCUGCUGCUGCCGGCCGCUCGCGCGCGCUCGGCCGCCUUCCGGCCGCGCUGCAGACCUUUGCACGUGCUGCACCACACGGCCCCCGCCCGGGCCCCUGGUCCCACCACCCGCUCACCAUGGACUCGCUCCGUGCCACCCUGUCCACCUGGCUGGUAUCUUGGGCCGAGUCGAUGCAGAGCCUGGGCGUCGAGGUCCUCGACCAGGUCGCUUCGGGCCCGCAGCUGGCUUCGCUCACCCGCGCCCUCUGGCGCCUGCUGGAUGCAGCGUACACCGGCCGCCACCGCAGCCUUCUCGCUGAUCCGGAGCUUGGCGCCGUCGUCGCCGGCACCGUUCUUCACGUCGAGCUGUGGGACGCCGUCUUCUCCCAGCCGUUUGCUGACCGCGGCGCCGAGCUCAUUGCCGACUGUCUGGCCGAGCUCGACCUCGUCGCCCUUGCACGCACCAUCGGCGAGUCUGCGCUGCCCGGGCCCGGGCCGUGGGACGCCCUUCCCGCCGCGGCACUGUCGUCCUCCCCAGAGCCGCUCUCGGACCUUGUCACCUCCACGCUCCGCGCCGCCAACGGCGUGACCCCCGCCCCCGCCGCCGCCGCUGUUGCCGCCUUUGACACCAUCGUCUCCAAGCUCCUCGCCACUGUCCACGACGUUGCCUUCCCACAAGCACAGGGCGCCUGGAGCCCCGCAGUUCACACCGCACGCGUUGCGCCGCUGGUCCUGGACGCCCUCGCCGCAACCGUCCACGCCACGCUCAACACCCAGCUCGACGCCGCCAACGCAGCGCUUGGACGUCACCCCGCCCUCGCCGCUGCCCUCGCGCUCCUCCUCCGCGGCAUCGACCUCGCUUCGGCCGAGCUACCCAAGCUGUGGCACCUUCUCACCCUUGCUGCCGCCGCCAAGACAGGCGCCAGCCUCACCCUACCCGCCGUUGCCUUUCUCAAGCCGGGCGCAGCCGCAAGUACGGCUGGCACUCCCAGCGGGGGCCUUGGCCUCGCGCCGGCCUCGACCGCCGCCCGCGCCGCCGCCCACCGCCGUGCGCUCGCCUCGUCGAGCGGCUCCGGCCCGUCGUGCGCCUUUUAUGCUGCCGCACGCCGCAUCCAGCUCGCCGCUCUUGCGUCUUGGGCCCCACCUGCACUCGCUCCGAUCGCUGCCGCGCUCACAUCCGCGCUCGCCGCCGACGACUGGUCAUCACGCACCCGCCGCGACGAGUGGCCUGACCAUCCCGAAGCUCGCCUUCCGGUCUUCCCCUCGCACUACGCUAUGCACUUUCUCUUUGCCGGCUGCGAGGCGCUUGACGCGCUCGGCGGCUCGGCCCUCCACCGCAACGCUGUCAUCGCCUUUGCCGGCCACCUCGAGGCUGCCGCCCUCGAGGCCUACACCAGCAAGGUCCGUACCGCCACCGUCUCGGAUGCUGGCGCAUGUCAGGCUCUCUUUGACGUCCACUUUGCACGGGCUGUCCUCGCGACACGCGCACGGGACUCGCUAGCUCGCGUCGCCGCCUGGGAUGCCGUAGUCGCUGCCCUCGAGGCAGCCAUCGACCCGGUCGACCUCGUUGUCUAUGCUCCGCGCAUUGCCACCGCCGUCUCGCUUCACUUUGAUCGUUCCGCCAUCCUCCUCGGCCUCCUCACCCAGUACGCGGCCAAGGCGCGGUCGUCGGCGUCGACCCGCGGCAAUUAUGUUGAGCAGCAGCCGGUUGUUGUCCUCGCCCCGUCGGCCUCGCGCAUCUCUGAGCUCGCCGUUGCGCUCCCACCUUCGUUGCAGGCUCGUCGCAGCUGAGCUGAAAGGGAUGGAGACGUUUACGUAAAGGCUAGUCUGCCCACUC